CCCUCCCAGCCCCCCAGCCCCCAUCCCCCCCACACCAUGUCCUCGUGCGCCGAGGUGCUCCGUUUCCAGCUGCCGGGCCACGAGGCGGCGGCGCUGCGCUCGAUGACGCGGCUGCGUGCCGAGGAGCGUUUCUGCGACGUGACCAUCGUGGCGCGGAGCCUGCGCUUCCGCGGGCACCGCGUCAUCCUGGCGGCGUGCUCGCCCUUCCUGCGCGACCAGUUCCUGCUGAACCCCGCGGCCGAGCUGCGCGUCUCGCUGGCGCACAGCGCGCGGGUCCUGGCCGACCUGCUGCUGUCCUGCUACACCGGCGCGCUCGAGUUCGCCGGGCGGGAUUUGGUGAACUACCUGACGGCGGCGAGUUACCUGCAGAUGGAGCACGUGGUGGAGCGCUGCCGCGGCGCCCUGGCGCGCUUCAUCCAGCCCGCGCCCGCCGCGCCCGCGCCGCCGCCCAAGCCCGAGGAGGAGGAGGAGGAGGAGGAUGAGGAGGAUGCAGCGGGGGAUGUGUGUAUUGUGAAGGUGGAGCCGGCCACGCGGCGCCGCGGGAGGAGGUGGCCGGCGGUGACCGGUGCGGAGGUGACACCCAGCACGGCGGCGGCGGUGGGGCUGCCGGACGGCGGCGCGGCGCGGAUCGGGGUGGUCAAGGCGUGUUACAGCCUGGCCGAGGAUGCCGAGGGGGAAGGUUUGGUCAUCUUCCCCGGUGCUGGUGGAGGUGUUGGUGUUGCAAGCAGCACAGAGGAACCACCAGGCACACACACGGCCGCAUCGGUGAGCGCCACAACCUCCACGGUGACACCGGCGGCGUCGUCGCGGUGCGGGAAGUGCGGGGAGAGCUUCCAGGGCGUGGAGAAGCUGGUGUUCCACAUGCGGGCGCAGCACUUCGUGUUCAUGUGCCCGCGCUGCGGGAAGCAGUUCAACCACAGCAGCAACCUGAACCGGCACAUGAACGUGCACCGCGGCGUCAAGUCGCACGGCUGCGGCGUCUGCGGCAAGAGCUUCACGCAGAAAUCCACGCUGCACGACCACCUGAACCUGCACAGCGGCGCGCGGCCCUACCGCUGCUCCUACUGCGACGUGCGCUUCGCCCACAAACCCGCCAUCCGCCGGCACCUCAAGGAGCAGCACGGCAAAACCACCGCCCAGAACGUGCUGGAAGCCGGCGGCGCCGAGGGAGGGGCGCUGCUGCGGUGAGGGGGGGAGGGGGAGGGCCCGGCGGG